AUGGACACGUGCAACCAGUUGAUCCUGCUGCUCGGAAUACGCUACUCGAGAAAACACCCGAAUCCUCAAUUCCCGUACGGUUAUGGUAACAUGCGUUACGUCACCUCGCUAAUCUCUGGCUGUGGGAUCCUUGGUUUCGGCUGCGGGCUGUCGAUUUACCAUGGGAUCUCGGGCAUUCUGAAUCCGGCUGCGCUGGAGCCCCUGACUUACGCUUACUACGCGCUCUUCAUGUCCCUCUGUUUUCAAGGGGCCUCGGCGCUUACGGCCUACAGGGAAGUACGGCAUAAGGCGACAAAAGCCGGCGUGCCCAAUAUUUGGGAUUACGUUCGAACCGCGGCUGACCCGUCCUUGAAUGUGGUGCUACUAGAAGAUACGGCCGCCGUAUCUGGGGUGCUAAUUGCGCUCGGCUCGGUGACGCUCUCCUCCUAUCUAGACUCGCCGAUUCCGGAUGCUUGUGGAUCUGUGCUUAUCGGCUGUCUCCUUGGUACUGUGGCGUCCUUCAUUAUCCGGUCGAAUGCGCAACACCUCGUGGGCAGAUCUCUACCGCAGAGAAUCACUGAUGACAUCGUCGCCCGACUGAAUAAUGACCCGGCAAUACGAUCUGUUCACGACGUCAAGGCAACGGCGCUGGGCGUCGAGCAAUCUCGGUUUAAGGCGGAGCUGGAUUUCAAUGGCCGGAUGAUUACGCGUCGCUACAUCGAGGCGGAGGCAGAUAUUGGCGCGAUGUACAAGGAAGUGAAGUCAAUGGAAUCCGAGCACGAGUUGCAAGAGUGGAUGGAGCAGCACGGGGAGAAGAUCAUCGAUCGCCUCGGCGUUGAGAUUGACCGCAUCGAGGGUGAAAUCACAAAGAAACACCCCGACAUCCGGCACGUCGAUCUCGAAGCACUA